GAGGAUUUACGACUGGUCAACAAAGGCACGUGAUUCCCGAGCGCUCUCCCAUAUUUGGCCGCAUACCUGGCAAAGUACAGUAGGGCUUCAUUGCUUAUAAUUCAUGAUUGCGUCCAUAAAUCGUGCAAGCACACAGGAUUAUAGCGACAAAGAUCUACAAAUCGAGGCUUUAAAAAUCCAAGCAAAUGAGCUCUUACUUUGUAAACUCGUUCUCAGGGCGCUAUCCAAAUGGCUCCGACUAUCAGUUACUAAAUUAUGGGACUAACGGCGCUGUGAGCGGCUCCUUCAGAGACCCUGGCACCAUGCACUCCGGGUCUUUCGGCUACAACUACAAUGGCAUGGACCUAACCGUGAACCGCAACAACACCGGCGGCCACUUCGGCGCCGUGCGGGAGGACGCCCGGGGAUUCGCGCCGGACGCCCGCUACAGACAGACGCCCAACUGCUCGCUCUCGUCCCCGGAUCCGGUGCCGCCUUCGUGCGCCACGGCCGGCCGGGAUCCGCUGGAGCUCAAGAGCCCCUCUCCCCCCUCUGACCGGAGCGCGACCUCUUCAUCGGGUGGCAACAGCCUCGGCAAAGCCGGGGGCGCGCACUUCGCGGAGAUAGAGGACGCAGCUGCAGCAGCAGCAGCAGCUGCCGCCGCCGCCGCCGCCGUCGCUGCCGAGACCGAGGAAGGMGCGCACAGCAGCGGCGGCGGUGGCGGAGGAGGCUCCGGCGUGGCAUCCAGGGCGCAGCAGCAGCAACAACAGCAGCAGCAGCAGCACCAGGAACCCAACGCCACCUCCUCAACUCCCACACCAAAUGAGUGCCAAACGCCACAAAUAUUCCCCUGGAUGCGGAAACUGCACAUAAGCCAUGAUAUGACUGGACCUGACGGGAAAAGGGCCCGAACCGCGUACACCCGCUACCAGACGCUAGAGCUGGAGAAAGAGUUUCACUUCAAUAGGUACCUAACCAGACGGCGGAGGAUAGAGAUAGCCCACGCCCUGUGUCUUUCCGAGAGACAGAUCAAAAUCUGGUUUCAGAACCGCAGGAUGAAGUGGAAGAAGGACAAUAAGCUGAAAAGUAUGAGCCUUGUGACAGGAGGCAGCGCCUUCCACAACUGAGCAACUUUUUCUUCUUGUUUUGUUUUGUUUUUGGGAGGCAAGGGUACAACAACAACAACAACAACAACAACAAAAAAGAAAUAA